GUGACAGCUUUGUUUACGUGGUGACGUGUACCGGAAGACAUGCUAGCUAGCCUGGCUGACGGGGAAGCUCUCGCUGUGGGUAUGAAAGACACGUUUGCGGGGUUUUGCUAUUAUUUUCUGUAGUUUUUUUAAACCCCCACGACCCGUGUGGACAGAUAUCUACGUUCGCCACUUGCAGAGGUUAGAACAAAUGCGGAACUACAGCGCUGGUGAACGUUUAGCUUAGCUAGUUGUAGCUGUCACAGCCGCUGACACGCCAUCACCACCGGGAUCAGCUCAUCCUUCUGCGGACAGGUGUGAAGUCGCUGUUUGGCCACUGAAACAAUGGCAACCCCAGAUGAUCUCCAGUUUCAAGAGUUUGAGGAAGCGGCAGAGCUGUUGUCUGCAGAUCCAGAGGCCUCCACGCUGAGCCUGUCUGCCUCAGACAACUCUGCUAGAGCAGGAGGAGGAGGAGGAGGGAGCGAGGAUGUGAAACUGGACCUAUCGGACGAUGAGGAGGGUCAGGAGGAGAGUUCGGAGCUGUUGGGUGGACAGAAACCAAGUGGAGGCUUCUGGACCUUUGAGUACUAUGAGUCUUUCUUCAAUGUGGACACUGUACAGGUACUGGACAGAGUGAAGGGAUCAGUGUUGCCGUUACCUGGAAGAAACUUUAUCAAACACUACAUUAGAUCGAACCCAGAUCUAUAUGGUCCAUUCUGGAUCUGUGUGACCCUGGUGUUCUCAGUGGCGAUAAGUGGGAACCUGUCCACCUUCAUCAGUAAGAUGGGAGACCCUUCCUACCACUACAGACCACAGUUCCACAGAGUAACGAUAGCUGCAGUAGUGAUCUUCAUGUAUGCGUGGCUGGUGCCGAUUGGUUUAUGGGGUUUCCUCACGUGGCGGCAAGGGACAGAGAGACAGAUUGGAGGCUAUUCCUUCCUGGAGACGGUGUGUGUGUACGGCUACUCCCUCUUCAUCUAUAUUCCCACCUCAGUUUUGUGGAUCAUUCCAUUUGAGUGGUUGCGCUGGACACUAAUCGUGGUUGCCAUGGUGAUCUCUGGCUCAGUCCUGGUCCUCACCUUCUGGCCCGUUGUUCGCGAAGACACCAAGGUGAUGGCUGUGGCCACAGUUGCGACCAUAGUGGUUUUGCACACGCUGCUGGCGAUAGGCUGCAAGAUGUACUUCUUCCAGACAGCCGUCCAUGCACCAACACCAGCAGCCCCUACAACACCCGCCAUUCACAUGACACUGACCCCCGGACCCCACUGACCAAAGGCAUCAAGGCGCAUUGGCGCCUUAAAACCUUGUUUGGAUGAUAAUCAAUCGCGUUGAUUAUUGUCAUUGUAUGUUUUGUUGUAUGCUCCCCUUGUGCAUUGGGAUGGGGGUGUGUGUGUGUGUGUGUGUGUAUGUUUGUAUGUUUAAUUUAUCCAGAGGGUGGUUCUAUCAUAGCUGAAGUAGACCUGCAAUAACUGUACAUUUCUACUGUGAUGUUUCAGGAUGUGCUGCAUGUACAUGGUCUAGAAUGACAUCCCCAACACUGUGACUUCCCUCUUUUUAUCAGCAAGACUGAAAGAAGUUUAAAAGAAGAGAGGAAGUGUAAGAUUGCUAGAGCGGUCAUAAAUCCAUGUUGCUACCAGUCCCUACUUUUACGGGUGCUCAGAGUGCACAUACCUCAACCAAGGCUAACACCCUAUAUCGCAGCGUUAAAAGUAAACAAAUAAUAAUCCUGGAUCAGCCCACUUAUUAGUAUCUGCUCCAAAAUACAAUAUAUUUUUCCUUGAGUCAUACCUCACCUUUCCACAAAAUGUCAUGGAACUUGGUUCUGUAGUUUUUGAGUAAUUGCUGACAAACAGCAAUAAAAACCCUAUUGGUGGUGGUAACUAGUUAAUUUGAAAAAUUCAUUGUCAGUUUGCCACAGACGAUGCAUGCUAAUCUAAGGAAGUGAUGACGAAUCGUGCUCUCAUGACUGUUUGGGAUGUUAAUAGUGAAUAAAGCUUUGGACGGUGAAA